GGCUCUUUUUGUGUGUGUUGUAUUUUCAACUCCCACUCUAUGCUUGGGGGUGUGUGUGUGUGUGUGUGUGGCUGAUCCUUUUUUGAGUGCACAUAUAUGUGCGCUUGUGUAAAACUGGUGAGGUGCCGUGCGACAGUGGGUGAGUGAAUUGGAAAGAGUCAGGUCAGCCCUGGCCAUGGAAGUAUGCGCUGCUGCCGAGGAGCGAGUGGUCUACUCCAGAUCGCAGAUGGUGUUCGCGGGAACAAAGGCGCUGGAGGAUGCGCUCAGGAUCUUCAUGCCGAAGUGCAACGACUUUCACAACUCGGAGCUGGAGCUGUGGGACUUCCUGUGCAGCAUGAGGGAGGAAGGUUUCUCUCCGGUCAUCCUGCGCAGUAAGGAUGUGUACGGGUAUUCUUCAUGCCGCUCCAUGGUACCUGAAGCAGAACCCACGGCUGAAAUUAAAUCUACCGCCGAGAGGGCGCCCAGGAGUCGGCGGAGGAGACAAAGGAAAGCGGGAACCAAUGCGGGGGAGCCCGUCACCAAGAAAACCAAAAGCUGCCUCACAAAGACUUCUCCUUCGCAGGUUAUGAGCAGGGUUUUACGACGCAACUUAUCCAGGAAAGCCGCUGCUGCGUUCAGGCUAACUACCUUUCCAACCAUAAAAGUAGAAGAUUCAUCUUCCGAUGAAAGUGUUUCCAAAGCACGCCAAAGGGCUCAAAAAAUUCUUAAAGUAAACUUGUCCCCCGUGAUCCGAUUAAGACCUGUGAGAGUGGCGUGAUUUAAGUUUCUAAUGGUGGGACAUUUUUGGAGU